AUGAGUAAACCAAAGAAGAAUGUCAUAACGAUUGUCGGUACCACAGGUGUGGGGAAAUCACAGUUAAGUAUAGAGCUAGCGAAGAAGAUAAAUGGCGAAAUCAUCAAUGCCGAUUCCAUGCAAGUGUACAAGAGAGCUCCUUUAAUCACCAACAAGCAUCCUAUAGAAGAACGUGAAGGAAUACCGCACCAUGUAAUGGACCAUGUUAACUGGGGAGAGGAGUAUUUCAUCCAUAGAUUCAGCUCGGAAGCUAACGCAGCUAUCCAAGAUAUCCAUUCCAGGGGAAAAACACCUAUUAUCAUUGGUGGAACCUUCUACUACUUGCAGCUGCUUUUGUUUAAGAACAAGACAGCUGGAGAGAAAGACACUACGACCAAGCUUCGUGAGCUCACAGAGGAAGAUAAGGUUUUACUUGAUGGGCCAGUCGAGGAAAGCUUCAAGAAGCUCCAAGAAGUUGAUCCAGUAGUGGCAGGGAAGUUUCAUCCACAAGAUCAAAGAAAGAUCCUGAGGGCAUUGGAGAUUUACUUGACGACUGGCGAGAAGGCGAGUGACGUAUACAAGGAGCAAAAACUUGAUGAGUUUGAAGACUCUUGUCUCAAUUACAAUACACUUCUAUUAUGGCUACAUUGUGACAAGGAGGUAUUACUGAACAGGCUCGACGUAAGGGUGGAUAAAAUGAUAGAAGACGGUGCGCUUGAGGAGAUACGAGAGCUUUACGACUUUUAUGAGCAACAAGACCCUAAGCCAGAUUGCACGCGAAGCAUUCUACAGGUUAUUGGUUUCAAGGAGUUCUUGCCAUGGCUUGAAAGUGGUCAAAGUGACAAGAAGCUUUUUGCAGAGGGUGUUGAAAGAAUGAAGAUCCGCACCCGUCAGUAUUCCCGGUACCAGGUGAAAUGGAUCACAAAAAUGCUCGGAGUGGAACUCCAUAAGGAAGCCCGGUUCAAUUACAUGUACGGAGGCAAAAUGUACUUACUUGAUGCCACUGAUUUGGCAGUCUGGAACAGCAAUGUGGGUGAUCGGGGUGUCAAGAUAGCACAGCAGUUUCUAGAAUGUGGGCCCACAGGUGUUUCGGAAGCAGAAGCUCCGGAGCAUCUCCAGGCGCUUCUCCCGACAUCAGCAUUUUUUGAAUCUUUCAAAAGCAACAAACUCAAAGAAAGCAGCGCCAAUUGGAAACAUUACGAGUGCCCCGUCUGCAAAGACCUGGAGGGUAGGCCCCUUGUGGCUGUAGGGGAAGAGAGAUGGAAAGUGCACGAGAACAGUCGUCGUCACCGUAAGCAGCUUGCGCAUAACGAGCGCAAGCGUCAUCACGAUGAGAUUGUGGCAAAGUAUAAGAAGGUCAAAGAGGAGAACGAAAAAGGCGAAACGCCCAAAACCGAAACCUAA